AUGGAGGCAGCAGGUCUAGCUUCGAGUAUACUGACGUUCAUUGACAUGUCUUACAAGAUAGCCAAGGGAACCUACGAGAUUUACCAGUCUGCGACUGGGGUCACUGCCGAGAACGCCCAUGUCAGCAAUGUCAUCACCGACCUGGAAGAGGCCGCCGCCGGACUGGGUACAGCUUCCAAAGGACAUCACGCCGAUUUCAAGGCCGCGAUCGUUGGUGCGCGGAAACAGAAAGAUAUCGCUUCGAUUGAGAGGGGGCUGGACCAGUAUCGACAACAGAUCAUCCUCCAUCUUACACUCAACAUUCACCGAGAUCAAUCGCCAAGCAAAGCCCAACUCGACCGAAUACGAGACGACAGCAGUCACCUCGCAAAUGACCAGCACUCCAGCGUGAGAGAAACCCUGGCAAAUUGCGCCAACGGACGAAAACUCGUUCUCGUCACCACAUUCUUCUGGAGUUCUGGCGACCCUUUGCAGAAAUCUCUGGAAAGAUUCUACCGCACCGUGCUCUUUCACACGUUGAGGCAGUGUCCCGAAUUGCUCGAAACAAUCAUCCCGACUCUGGUCGGCACAGCCGUCUCCCCUCUGUCGGCAGCCAUGUCAUUGUCUGAGUUGAAGGCCGCCUUCAGUCGAAUGCAGUUGCUCGAGAACGCCGCAAGCUACCUCUUCUUCUACUUUAUUGAUGGACUCGAUGAAUAUGAGGGAGACUCUCUCAAUCACAAGCAUCUUGCAGAGAUGCUAAGAAAAUGGGCUCGGGCUGAUAACGUCAAGGUGAUAUGCUCUGCCCGGCCAUCCGCGGUCACUCUCGCAAUUUUGGGCGCCAGCAACACGUUCUUUGAGCUCCACGACUUGACAAAGGCCGACAUAUAUGCCUUUGCCAAAACUCAAUUCGAAGAGCAUUUAAGAGAGCCUGCUUUCGUAACAGGUCAGGCAGCAUGUCUGGGCAUGCUUCAGACGAUAGCGGAACGCGCCGAUGGCGUCUUCCUCUGGGCCAGCCUUGUCGUCAGGACUUUGUUGAACGCGGUUCUGGAAACACGAAGACGAGUUUUGUAUCCGUAG